AUGGCAGACCAAGCGCCGGCCUUGGAUCAGUUGCGCCCUGGCCCGGCCGAAACCAGCACCAAUUCCAUCACGCCGCCAAACAGCGCUGACGGGAAGAAGCAUACUCUAGACGGCCUACCUUCUGAGCUGUCAGAUCUCGAGCUGGAUAAUCAUAAUAAGGCUGCGCCUUCGGUGGAGGCGGUGGAGGAAGAGGACAUCGAGCCCGAUCAUUACUACGAUGGCGGACAAGUCCCUGUUUUUAAGCCAACAAUGGACCAGUUUCGCGACUUUCAGACGUUUGUCCGCAAGAUUGACAAGUACGGAAUGAAGUCCGGGAUUGUCAAGAUUGUGCCGCCGCAAGAAUGGAGAGAUUCACUCUCGUCACUUGACGACGCCGUCAAAUCGAUCCGCGUCAAGAACCCCAUCAUGCAGGAAUUCCACGGUGCCCACGGUACCUACACACAAGCGAACAUUGAAAAGCAAAGGUCAUACAAUCUGCCGCAGUGGAAAGCUCUAUGCGAAGAUGGCAGUCAUCAGCCCCCCGCGCGGCGAGGAGAACGCCGGCGCAAUUUGGAAAAGACUGUCCGCCCAGCGACAUCAAAGCCUGCAGUCGCUCGCGCCGGUUCGCAGAGGCGCGGACCCGGGCGUCCUCCUAAAAAGUCCAAGGAACCCAAGGUCAAGGAAGAAUCGCCGGCCGAUGAUCAUUCUGAGAAAUCCAGACUAGAAGGGCCUCCCACACCAGUGUCUCCAGAAUCUAACCCGGUCGAAGCAAAGACCGAGGACCUCAGUGAUGGAGAAGCGCUUCCGGCGGCCAAGCCAAAAGGAAGACAGCCCAAGUCGGUUUCAUCGCGGAGAAAACACAACCGCGGCGAAAUGCUGGACCAGGUUGACGAAGAAGCUUUCAAAGACUUUGACUACCGCAUCCACGACCACGAUCAAUACACGCCGGAGCGGUGCGAGGAAAUGGAGACGGCGUAUUGGAAGUCACUCAUGUUCAACAACCCGAUGUAUGGUGCCGACAUGCCCGGGUCACUAUUUGACGAAUCCAUCAAUACGUGGAACGUGGCCAAGCUUCCGAAUUUGCUUGAUGUCCUGGGACAGAAGGUCCCGGGAGUCAACACAGCAUAUUUAUACUUGGGGAUGUGGAAAGCUACGUUUGCGUGGCAUUUGGAAGACGUCGACCUAUACAGCAUUAAUUAUAUCCACUUUGGUGCUCCAAAGCAGUGGUACAGCAUCUCUCAGGAAGACGCGCCGCGCUUUGAAGCGGCCAUGAAGAGUAUCUGGCCGAGUGAUGCCAAGAACUGCGACCAAUUCCUCCGGCACAAGACCUACCUGAUCUCUCCCAGCAUUUUGAAGUCACGAUUCAACAUCACGGUGAACAAAGUGGUGCACUACGAAGGAGAAUUCAUGAUCACCUACCCGUACGGAUAUCAUUCCGGAUACAACUUGGGGUACAACUGCGCCGAGUCGGUCAACUUUGCAACCGAGCAGUGGCUGGACUACGGCCGGGUUGCCAAGAAAUGCCACUGUGAAGCCGACAGCGUCUGGAUCAACGUGGCCGAGAUAGAGCGCAAGCUGCGAGGCGAGCCCACGCCGGAAGUCUACUAUUACGAUGAAAUGAUGGACAGUGAAUUGGAUGAGGUGGACGGCGCGUCGGACCUGCUGACACCUCCGCGCAGCGUACCCGAGAAAUCCAGCCGGGGCCGGAAGCAGAAGCGCAAGCUGGAUGGCGAGGAAUCGCAGUCCAAGCGAGUCCGAGUCCGGGGAGACGCGAUGAUACGCAGGAUGCCGUGUGUACUGUGUCCGAACGACAUGGACUACGAGGACCUGCUGCCCACGGAGGACGGCAAGGCACACGCGCACCGGCGCUGUGCCACGUAUAUCGAAGAGACGACGAUCCUGCGCGACGAGUCUGGGCGCGAAGUGGUCUGCGACAUUGAUCGCAUCCCCAAGGCGCGCCUGGGGCUGAAGUGUCUGUUCUGCCGCGAGGUGCGCGGGGCGUGCUUCCAGUGCAACUUUGGCAAAUGCACGCGGGCAUACCACCCAACGUGCGCGCUGCUGGCCGGCGUGCAGGUCGAGUUCGGCUCGGUGGCCGUCAUAGCAGACGACGGGCAGCAGUACUCGGUGCCCAGCGUCGACCUCAAGUGCAAGUUCCACCGACAGCGACGGCACGGCGGGCCGGGCGAGCUGCUGGACGACGACAACCGCAAGGUGGUGCAGAUGGCGCGGCGGCUGUCGAUGGGCGACCUGCUGCAGUUCCAGGUCGACAAGGAGAUCAACGGGGCGAUCGUGCUGGAGAACCGGACGGACGAGCGCGCGCUGAAGCUGAAGGUGCUGCCGCGCGGCGACCUCAUCGAGCUGCCGUACCGCUGGAUCCUGGUGGUGCGCAAGACCAACUUCGGCGCGCUGCCGGCGGGGAUGAAGCCAUUGCCAGCGCACCUGGCACGCACGGCGGCGUCGCAGAGCGAGAUGACGCGGAUGCUGCCGCAGCCGGGCACGCCGUUUGGCGAUGGCAACGGGCCCUGGCAAUGGGCCGAGUAUGCGAGCGCAGCGCUGCCUCUCGAAGCCAUUCGCAACGUGCGCGUCGACCUGGGGCGCGAGCUGUGGCACUACCUGGGCGCGCGGUCGACCGAGUGUAGGGCUCAGUUCACGCACAGCCCUAGCGUUGCGGCCCACAACCCGCGCGCGAAUUUCCUGGAGCGGGCGCGGGCCUUGUGGCCUGAGGCACCCGCGGGCCGGCUGCUGCCUGGAUCCUCAGGCCGCCCAGGCACCAACAACAAGCCCGGCUGGUCCCCCCACCACCUCGCUGCCCCUCCAAACAACUCGCUGCGUCCCCCUUCUUCUUCGCCUUUGCAGCGACGCCCGACAGACUCUGCAAUGACUCCUGCCUACCGACACCUGCCGCCCUCCAGUCUCGCCAGUGUCUCCAAUGCCUCCAAUAACUACGCCGCCCAGUCGCUCCAGCUUCACCAGUCUCAUCCCUUCUUGCCGCCCAAUGUCGUGCGCCCGAACCCCUAUGCCGCCCUCAGCCACAACCACAACAACCACAACCACAACCAUCCCCAUCACCACCACAACAACAGCGCGUCGUCCAUCAUCACCAAGCCCCAGUCCGACCCCCCGUCAUCCAACACCUUUGCCAGCGUCCGCGAGUUGAUCGCCCGCCGCCGCCUGGCCCAGAUCACCGACCACGCCAAUGUCUUUGCCGGCUACAAGAUCGUCAGCCCCGAGCUGGUCGUCGAGACGCUGCUCGGGCCCAUGGGCUCCGUGCCACCACCCAAUGGCUUGGAAAAACUCGAGCUGGCCAUGGCCCAGCAGCGCGUGCAGCCGCCCAAGGCGCUGGACGGCACGCUGCUCGCCCCGCAGCCGCUCAACAUGCGCUCCGAGGAGGUUACACGUCUGCUGCAGAUGCUGCGGUUCUCCGUUGUCAGCCACCGCGACCGCCUCGAUGUCAUCCCGAAGCGCGAGCCCGAGUACGUCAAGCACGAGCCGUUUGACCGUCCCAACUACACUGCCGGCCGCGUCGCCGGCCGCUACCCGUACCUCGAGCAGCAGCAGGCUGAGACGCCCACCGUGUACCGCUCGCCGUACGAGUCCCCCUUUGGCCUGGCCGAGUGGACCAAGAAGGAAUACAAUCUCACCGAGGAGGAACCCGCGUCCAAGCCGUCGCUGGCCAACGACUUUUUCGCCUCGCUGUCAGCCGCCGACCAAGAAAAAGUCGUCAAGGCCUGUGGCAGCUGGGUGCAGGAACGCAUUGUCGACCGGGCGCCUAGCCAUAGCCGACAGCAGAGCUCCAGUUCGAAUUUCCGGCUAUCGGCGGCCCUCGCCCAGCAGAAUAAUAACAAUAACAAUAACCCCAACCCCACCAUCGAUAUAACCACCGUAGACGACAUGCCCAUGACGGAGCUGGACCGACUGGACCGAUUUGAUUUCCCGCUGCACGCCGACUCGCCGGCGUCGAGUUUCAGCCGACCGCACCUGGUCGGCUUCCCUUCACCUCUGCAUCACGACUUUACCAACCACGGCGACCACGACUCUUCCAUUGUUCCACGACACCUCUCGGACCAUCAUGAUCUUUUUGGUGACCAGCAAGCCAACACGCGGUUCUGGCAGCAUGGGCCGUGGGCACCGGCGGGCGACGGCACGACGCCGAUUGAAGAACACCGGCCGUUCUUUGGACCGCACGAACGACUCAAACAUGACUACGCCUCGUCCGAACUCUCUCUUGGCCGCGGGGGCCCUGGGUCCCUCCAUUCUGUCGAUAUGGCUGGCUUCGGCAUGGACACCACUGAUGAUUUCUGCGGGGGGCUUAGUCCAUAG